AUGCUUCAAGCACUCUGGAACUCCCGACUCAACCUCCUCAUCUCUUCUCAAGAUUGGAACUUAGAAAGCACAAUGAAGUCUCAAUUGGUUCUUGCAUCAGCCGCCGGCCUCGUCGGCCCGGCCACGGCCACCAAUGUUGACCUGCCUCUUCCUCCCAUGGGCUUCAACAACUGGGCUCGCUACACCACGCACAUCAACCAGUCCAUCUUCACCGAUGCGGCCACGGCCAUGGCGUCCAACGGCAUGCUCAAGGCGGGCUAUAACCGCCUAAACCUCGACGAUGCCUGGUCCACGCUUGAGCGUGCCAGCAACGGCUCCAUGGUUGUCGACGCCGUCAAGUUCCCCAAGGGCCUCACUUGGCUUGCCGACUUUAUCAAGGACAAGGGCUUCAUCCCCGGCAUCUACUCUGACUCUGGCACCCUAUCCUGCGGCGGGUACCCUGCCACGUUUGACCACGAGGCCCUCGAUCUCCAGACCUUUUCCGACUGGGGCUACGAGUACCUCAAGCUCGACGGCUGCAACGUUCCUGAUGGCAGCGAGUCCGCCUACCGCCAUAUCUACUUUGAUAUUUGGCGCGAUCUCCUCCUCAAGUUUCCCAAGCCGGUCGUCUUCUCCAACUCGGCUCCCGCCUACUUCUGUGGCGCGGACAACCUCACCGACUGGUACAGCAUCAUGGGCUGGUCGCAAAAGAUGGGUCAGCUCGCCCGUCAUUCCUACGACAUCAUCAACUACGACAGCAAGGGCAGUGCUUGGGACAGUAUGAUGACCAACUACGGCCAGCAUAUUCGCCUUGCCCGCUACCAACGCCCCAACUUCUUCAAUGACCCCGACUUCCUCAACACUGACCACCCCAACUACACCUACGAGGAGAAGAAGACACACAUGGCCCUGUGGUCUUCGUUCUCUGCUCCUCUCAUCGUCAGUGCUGACAUCCCCACCCUCAAGAAGGAGGAGCUUGAGAUCCUUCUAAACGAGGACCUCAUUGCCAUCGACCAGGACCCUCUUGUGCAGCAGGCCACUCUCGCCAGCUCCAGCCCCGACUGGGAUGUUCUUACCAAGAACCUGGCCAACGGUGACCGUGUUCUUACCAUCCUGAACAAGGGCGACAAGGCCAGCGAUCUCACUGUUUCUUGGGCCAAGAUGGGAAUCCAGACUGACCGCAUCAGCCCCAACACUGCCCUCAACGUUAAAGAUCUCUGGACUGGCAAGACCGAGCAGGUCAAGAUCAGCGCUGGUGGUAUCACUGCUAAGAAUGUCGCCUCCCACGGCACCUUUGUCUACCGCAUCUCCGGCGGCAUGGGCGGCUCCAGCCACCCCAUUGUUCUGCCCACUGGUCUGAUCUUCAACACCUUCUCUCUCAAGUGUCUUACCGACGACAAGUCUGGCAAGGUGACCUGGAAGGCGUGCGACGGAUCCGAUGGCCAGACCUGGAAUGUCGCCAACGAGGGCUACAUCAACAGCUUGUUGCGCCCCAACGAAUGCAUCGUUGAUGCUCAGGGCAAGCUCCUGAGCCGUCACUCUGGCUGCCACACUGACGCUUGGAAGUACUUCAACAGUGGCAACCUCAUCAACGGCAACUCCAACCGCUGCCUGACUGAGGAGGCUGAUGGCUCUGCUACCAUCACUGACUGCGGUUAUGUGACGAACGAGCAGGUCGUCGGUCUUCCCAUCGGCGCCAAGGCGACCGAGAUUGACUACUACUCCAAGAGCUAA